CCGUCUCACUGGUUUUUAUUUAACUCACUGUAUUUUCAAUUUAUUUUUUAUUUUCUUCAAUGAUAAUAAAUUUGGUGAAAGUCGUUCUUGAUACUUUUUAGAAAGAUGAAAACGUAGAAAAUCAAUUGUGUGCGACAUAUCGACUAAAAGCCAGAUUAAAGUAGCGGGGUUUGAUUUAUCUAUGCUGGAUACUUUAAUUAAUUCAAGCUGGAGAAGCUUCCAGAAUACCUGCGGGACACGGUGGACUGGUUUAUGGGAAAAACUCGAGGGCGACGGGACCGAGAUACAAGCUGUGAUGAAACAAAAUUAUAUCUUCAGGAACCCUGCCUGGAGAAGAGAAUCCCUGAGGUGGAGUUGAUGUCUAUUACUGAAGUUCCAGAAGGGUUGGAUACCAAAGAAUGGCUGGCACUUCAUACAAUCGGAUUUUUCGAGCACAUAAAUCUGAUGUACGGAACUAUUUCGGAGUUCUGCACUCUCUCCAUCUGCCCAGAGAUGGUCGGUCCUGGUCCCAGAUAUUAUCUGUGGAUUGAUGAUAAGAGUAAGAAGAGCCGUGUCUCCUCCCCCCAAUAUGUUGACUUCGUCAUGACCUUUGUCCAGAAGACGGUCAACGAUGAAACCCUCUUCCCCACCAAGGAAGGGAAAGAGUUCCCCCCUAACUUUGAUGUGAUAAUUAAGAAGAUUCACCGUUUACUCUUCCAUGUUUUAGCAUACAUACAUCAUUCACAUUUCAGAGAGGUUGUACUGCUGGGAUUACAUGCACACCUCAAUUCAUUGUUUGCUCAUUUAAUAGAGUUUAAUCUUCAUUAUCAGACAAUAGAAGAUAAAGAAAUAGAAGUUUUACAGGACUUGAUUAAAUCCUUGAAAAUUAUGCCAUCUGUCAAUAACAAUCUGGGAGGGGAGGAGGAGGAGGAAGAUGAAGAAGAAGGAGGGGAUCAAUUGGAUAAUGCAGUGAAGGAUAAAGAGGAUGAAAACAAAACAGAUAAUGUUGUGAUGGACACAGGAGAGGACAAAGAGGAGGAGACGGAAGAGGAGAAGGUGGAGAAGGAAGAUGAGAAGGUGGAGAAGGAAGAGGAGAAGGGAGAGAAUGUAGAGGAAGAGGAGAAAAGAGAUGGUGAAGUAUCAGAGAAAGGAGAGAACUGCAAUGAAGAACAGAAAGAGAUGGAUACAGAGGAGAAGGAUACAGAUGAGAAGGAUACAAAAGAGAAGGAUACAGAAGAGAAGGAUACAGAGGAGAAGGAUUCUGAGAAGAAGGAUUCAGAUAAGAAGGAUUCAGAGGAGAAGGAUACAGAGAAGAAGGAUACAGAGGAGAAAGAAGAUACACAGACUGAUAAGGAGAAGAAUGAUGAAGAAGAAGUUGAAGAUAAGGAAGGGAGUGAGAAUAGUAAGAAAGAAGAUGAUGAUGAUGAUGAUGAUGAUGUUCUCCCAGGUCCUACUGCGUGAAUUCACGCAAUGAGUCCCAACUAGUCCCAAGUAUAGCGCACGUGGAAUUAGCUGAGCUAGUAGAAGACGACAUUUAACACGUCUAUUAGAAGACGAUAUUUAGAUACGUCCAGCCAAUCAGCAUUGAUAUUUCUAGCUUCCCAUUAGCUAUUGAAUAGCUCUGACACUAAAUGUAUUUUAUUUUGUAUAUUCUAUAUUAUCGUCGUGAGCAGGUUUAUUAAGUUUCGUAGUACACAGAUUAGGAUUAGAAAUAUAAUUUUUAAAGUACUAACAGAUUUAGUUUUUCCUUAAUAUAUUUUCAUGAAAACUUCCCCCCCUCCUCCCCCCCCCCCAUAUUCUUGAACAUAUUUUCUGAUGGAUCUAUUGCUGAAUAAAGGAUUUUUAAGGAAAAACAAAUGAAUUUUUGCGGCAAAAGUACGAAACAGGGUGAAAAAACUUGCCUUUUGAUGUCAAAUUUUUUUUUUUUCCCUAGAGCAUCAAAACCCCUCCGGUUAUUCUUGAAAAUAUAUACUCCAAAGGAAAUUAAAUUUUAAACCACAGAGCAAUUUUAAAAAACUUUCUAAUCAGCGGGAAAAUACUUAAUUUUAAUGAUUUCAUUUAAUUUAAAUUACUAUGGUGAAGUUGGUACAGCUCUGAGCUAAUUAGCACAAAAGUAUUUAUUUAUUUGCUUUGAGCAUUGAGCUUAAACGUGUUAUUUUGUAAUCGCUAUAUUCUUGUUUUGUUUAUUUAUCAUAUUUGCUUCAGGGCUACCCCCAGGCCCCUUAAGGACCCAUAUCUAAGCAUUUAAGUAUUAAUUUUAGAUAAAAAUGAUGUACCAGAUAAAGAAUUAAUGAGUUUAUUACUCUAUUUAAUCAUUACAGUAUAAUGUUAAUUUUCAAUUAAGUGUGAUCUUUUGUGCACAAGUAAAAAGUGAUUGUGAAUGUAUAUAGGGACUCUCCAUAAAUAUAGUGGCAAGUCUGAUUCACGUCAGGACCCUUAAAAAACGUUCUCCGAUCAAGAAUACAUUAUAUUCUCUUUGAAAUUUGAGAACUUUCAGUUAUGGUUUCUCUAAAAAGUGACUUGCGUACAUCUGAUUUAGAAACAAUGAAUUUAGAAUUAAACACUUCUCAAACUAGAAAUACUACGAUAUCUUUCACCUUUUUAAUAAAAAAUGUUUCCAAUGGUACCUAUGUGAAUCGGGCACGACCCUCUUAUAAAUGGAAAGGCACUAGAAAGUACGACGACAGUCCCAAUAUAAAGUUAUAGAAAUAAAAAAAUUCAAAAUUCAAAA